UCUGGGAUAAGCUGAAUGAUCUCCGUAGAGUGGCAGUUGUGGCCUGGCCUGGCCUGGCCAACAUGCCCAUCUUUGUGAGCUCUUACAGCCUGCGUGCGAUCAGCAAGUACUAUGCCCACCAGGAACAGAGCGGCCGCGAGAAGCUGGCCCACUUGGCUAAUCAGUUGAACGCUUUUAUCUUGGCUAAGCUCCGUCAUGUGUUGUUUGCUCUAUAUUUCGCUAUGAUAGCAUUGCGACACAGCCCAGAGGGCAGCGCCAACGACAAGAGCUGCCAAAAUCGAACCAGAACUCCUUCCCGAGGCACCUAUGGAAGCCUGGGCACUACUGAAGACAUCUUCAUCGCUUUGGAUGUCACUGAGUCAUCGCCACUGCUGGAAAAAGCAACCCCAGCAUUACCCACAUUGAAUCACACAAAAGACUGCCUCAAUUGGCGCUCUGUGUGCUUGCUGGUGAUGUGCGUCUGCGCGCUGGGAUUGGCUGCCUACUUGCUCUGGAGACAAACACAACUGCCUGGCCUUGGGUAUCGCCUGAGUCUGAUCGGGCACGAUAUCUGGAGCGAUAGGAAGCUGUAUGGAAAGGGCAGGCUGCUGGAUCCACUGGCGGUCGUUUCUGUUUACUUUACACACACGGAGAGCGAAGGCUGCACCGAGGAUUGCCUGGAGCUGCUGCACAGCCUGCAGCAGCAACGCCCGGAGGAGCUGCCCUACAACUUUCUCAUAGCUGGCGACUGUCAGGCGUUCGAGGCACGCGGCUGGCAGUAUGAGAGCAGCUACGGGGAGCUGCCACAAGCCACAUCCCUGGUGGUGGCCUUUGUGGGCAACUUCAGCCAGCGGCCGCCCAGUGUCUGCCAGCUGCAGACAGCCCAGGCACUGCUGUUGGAAUCGCUCAAGAGGCGCAGGAUCCAACCGGAAUACAGACUCCAUGUGGUGGGCCAAGCGGAGGCAGUGCAGCAGCAGCUACAGCGCUGGCCACGCUACGCUGGAGGAGAAGUCGAGUGAGCAGAGAUUCCAAGUGUUUCCAAGUGAUUCCAAGUGAUUCCUUCUCGUUU